AUGGAUGAAGAGACCCCGAACGCCGCGCCCUCUCAGCAGCCUUCUCCGGCGUUCCGCUCCCUCGAGACAGCGACCGCCGAGGCCGAGACCGCAACUCGGGCCGCCGAUGCAUCAACAUCGAAGGUCCCUUUUAUGACGAAGACUACGAUCGGUGGGAUUACUACGACACCAGCAGGCCCGGCGAUCCCAGACGGCUGGACUACUGUCGACAUGGCGAGAUCGAAGUCGUUUGCCUGUACUGCAAUGGGAGCUAUGGACCUGUCGGAGGGGGUAGAGGACGGUCCCCUUCGAGAGGUGGAGGUCGAAGCCGGAGCCGGGGCCCGGACCGCCGUCGAUGCCAUCGCAGCAGCGACCGUCGACGUCGCCGCGGCCGAUGGACCAACACCACGCCGGCGACCACGAUCGGAGCAAGACUGGGAACCCGAUCGCCAAUGGGGUUGGGGACACGGCGCGUGCGGCCUCGAGCCGAUGUACGACUACGGCCGGGUGUUUGAUUUCGACCCUGACCGCCUUGGCGCUUCCGACUACUACUACGACUUCGGCUUUGGCUAUGACUAUGGCUUGGACGCUGGCUUUUAUGACCACGACUUCGACUACUACGGUGACGGGAGUCGCAGGAGAAGGAGGAGCGGGAGGAGAGGGGGAACACGGAGAGACAACGGGCACCGACACGGACACGGACACGGGCAUCGGAAUCGAGCAUCAGCGGACAACCUCUUGCGGGAGAUGGACAGGAUAGAACGGCGGGCGGACGAGGCUGAGCGUUGGUUGUUGAGGGAGUACGGGGCCUGA